CCCUCUCGAAGCUUGCUUCUCAAGCGGACAACCGUCAAUGGAUGACCGACCCGAAGCCUCCAGAGACGCGAGCUCCGACGCUGCGGCGGCGGCUCCUCCUCCUCCUCCUCCUUCCCAUUCGUCUCCUCCUUCAAAUCCGAAGACCCUAAGGAGUCCGCCUCCGGCCGUAUCGCCGCUGCCUUCGUCGGCCGCGCGGCUCUGGAGGCCUGCCGCGCAGCGGAAUUUGAGGAACCAGUGGUCCAAACUGGCCUCGUGCAGGCAACAGUGGGCCUCGGCUUCGUCCGCCGGAAGAUCUCACGCCACUUCUCUCGUCAACGCUCAUCUCUCUCACAGAUAUGUGCCCUCAAUGGAGUUGGGUGUUUUGAAGGACAUGCCGAAUAUUCGGAACAAAGCCUGUCUAAAAUUGUUUAAGCAGCAGGAGCUUCACAAGGACAAACUUUUAUCGGCAUACAAGGAUAUGGUCACUGCAGUAACUUAUAUGGUCAGUGCUAGUAGAUCCAUGAGAUGUUUUUUGAAAGGAAGCAACAAUAGUCAACUUGUUCAAUUUUCUGUUGGCUCAGAGGAUACAAAUGACACCGGUGAUGGUGGUGGAAUCCCUGUAGUCACUUUUUGGUCAAUCUCUUCAUUUGAGAAUCUGGCACAAGAGCUUGUGGAGAUGUUUGAGUUGGAGUUAAGUUUGAAGCGCUUGCUCACAAAGGAAUUUCUUAUCGUGGGAUGUGAAGUGCUGCAACCUGAUCAAAGCAGCUGGUCUCAGGAGCUUUAUCCAGGAGAGUUUGAGGAUUUGUCCCAAUGCCACCUGUUGACAAGCAAGUGUGAGCUACUCCCUCCUAGAUUGAAGGGUUGUAUGUCAGAUAUCCCUCCUGAACAAGGCUGCUCUCAGUUAAGCCGUGAGACUUUGCAGGUUUACUUAACAACUUGGCUUGCUGAGGUGAACAUAGAUACUCAUAGAGUCGGUGAGAUAUUUGCCAUUGUGGGGGAGGAAAUGCAUGUCAACUUUCAAUGAGCUGCUUGGCCACCAUUAAGUGGGCUUGAAAGAUUGCUCUUUUACGGCUAGUCCAUCAAGCGCCCGUUUGAGUGGUGGCUGUUGACUCGGACCUUUUCGUGCACAGAAUGGGUUAAUAAAGCGACAUGAAGGUUCCUGGCCAGUUUAAUAUGCGGGUGGGGGUGCGGCAAAGGCAAGGGAAGGUUGAUCUGAGCUAGACUUUAUCUUCAUCCUAUUGAACAUCUUGGGCAUCUAAUGGAAGACCAUAAACAUCUGUUUCUAGUUUAUUUAGUAGCUUUGGCACAGUUUAUAGUUUUUGCUUGCACCAGUAUGUUGGCCAACC